AUGGCUCCUAUACGAACAGCCAUCAUAGGUCUCUCUGCCAGCGGUGGAUGGGCCAAGAACGCACACCUACCGUAUCUCAUCUCACCGGCUGGUAAAUCCAAGUACAAUAUCAUUGCGCUAUGCAACUCCUCGGUAAAGUCUGCCAAGCAAGCCAUUGAGGCAUACGGGUUUCCCCCGGACACGCGGGCGUACGGCUCGCCCGAAGACGUGGCCGCGGACCCGGAUGUGGAACUGGUAAUUGUGAGCACACGCGUGGACAAGCACUACGAGACUGGGUUGCCCAGCAUCAAGGCGGGCAAGAAUGUCUACGUCGAAUGGCCACUGGCGCAUAAUGUGGACAAGGCUCGAGAGUUGGCCGAGCUGGCGAGAGAAACGGGGGCCAAGACCGUUAUUGGGCUGCAGGGCUGGUACUCACCUAUUGUUCUCACACUCCAAGAGCUGCUCAGCAGUGGGCGAAUUGGCAAGGUCCUCAGCAGUCAGGUUCGUGGAACGGGAGGAACCAAGGACAGGGAGGCAAUGACCCCUGCUGGCAGUUAUUUCACCGACAAGAAAAUUGGUGGGAACUUCAUUACCAUUAUCGUCGGGCACGUGACGGAGUACAUCCAGCACGUCCUUGGCGACUUUGAGAACGUCCAAUCGCGUCUGCAAAUCCAGCGACCACAGGUCAAGAUCGUCGACCCGGCCUCGGGCCAGACAACCAAAGUCGUCGAGUCCGAUGUACCCGACCUGGCCUUUAUCCAAGGGACACUGCCAGCAUCGGCAACCGUGGUCCAGGGCGCCUCCAUAAGCAUCACCAUUCGUCGCGGACAGCCGUUCAAGGGCGAGCCGGGCCUCGACUGGAUCAUCCACGGGGAAAAGGGCGAGAUCCGGGUCCGGACCUAUGACGGCCCCGCCUUCAACGCCGGUGGCGACGGCGCCAUUAUUGAAGUCUACGACUUUGCGUCGGACGAGGUGCACAAGGUCGACUGGGCCUACAGGGACGAGUACGCCGGCCUCCCCACGCUCGCCCAAAAUAUCGGCGCGCUGUAUGACGCCUUUGCGAGCGGCGACCGUUCCAAAUACCCCGAUUUUGAGCGUGCCGUGACGAGACACAAGCAGUUGGAUGGUAUUCUCAACGACUUCUCACAGGCGGAUGGUUCAGCUUAG